GUUGUGAAGGCACUGAGUGUAAGCUCUCUCAAGACCAGACUUGACCACAGCACUGGAACAGGUUCAGGUUCUGUACAUUACACUCAGGAGCCAGUACAUGCCCAGUACUUGCCAACAAUGGGCGCGACCGACCGCCCAAGCCGAUGAGAGGCGAAGAGGAUAAAAAAAGAUAAGAGAGAGAAAUGGGUGAUUGUAAUGAAUUUGGAAGUUUGUUUUGCUAGGGUAAAGUUGUUUAUGCCUGUGGUCCUUCACCUCCCCGACCACAACAAACAUGGCGGCGGGGAAGCAGUGUGAUUCAAAACAACAAUGGGAAGUUAUCAAAAAGUCUUUUUUUAUAGAAGGAAAUUUAUCUGAUAUAAGUGAUGGAGAAGAUGACCUGGCACUUGUGAUAAGGCUAGUACAGCAGCUUGGAGCUGGCCAACUUGUUCUUGACCUUGCACUUGAUGCCAUCUGGGUUGCUCUCAGGCAAUCAAUCGUGCCAAAGUUUUGGAGCAACUUUGUUAUUUACAACUCUCAGAGGUGUGGCAAAGAUGAUGACCCAGGUGAGGGGAGUGUCGAGGUGAUGUCGAGAGUGGCGACAGCAAUUAGUGAACUGUAUGAUAGUGCUGUCUCUUUUUUGCCACAGAUACACAGAUGUGAAAUGUUAUGUGAACACUCUGGAGCCAAAUUUGAAGAAUGUAUUCCUGGGGGUAUGAUGGAGCAUUUCAAGCUUCAUUUACGGGCCACGUUACACAGCCAGAUGCCAACUUCCUUCACAAACCUUCUUCACAAGUUCUAUUCUGCAGCUUUCAAGGUCUUCUACCAUGCUGAAGUUGGUAAUCAAGUGGAGGAAUCUGAUGAAACAACAGAUGAAGCUAUGCAGUGUGGUGGUUGUGACGCUGCAACUGAUGCUUGUCAUUGCCAGGCCAUUACUAAUACUUUCUGCCAAGUUAACAGACAGUUGUUAGAGUUGGACUUGUUAGAGAGGCUUGCUGGUGAUAUUAUAUCUUCCCUGUUACUGUCUGUCAUCACUGAUCAUGUGUCUGCUACGUGCCGUGACUCCUAUGAUCAGUCACGCAUCAGCCAGCUGGAGAAGUGGGUGGAGAAUGUUGUCAUUGGGUGGCUGGAAGUGGUUUACUGUGGGGGCCGUGGUCAACUUUCUUCAGCUGACUCUGCAAUUCAGACUAUGGUGGCUAACAACCUUAAUCAAACCUAUAUGACGGCUCUCUACCACACUUAUACCACCACAAGGAUAGACCAACUCUUCAAUAUUGUUAUUGAAUACCCAGAAUCUCAGCCAGCCUUAGAAGACAUCAGAGAAUGUUUGGAUCGUACUCACUUGAGGAACCACCUUGUAGAGUCCUUACGAUCAGCAAUACAGACCCGUCUCCUUCACCCUGGAGUCAACACAACUGAUGUUCUUCAUGCUUAUAUCUCCGCUAUCAAGGCUCUACGUGUACUUGAUCCAAAGGGAGUUUUACUAGAACUCGUAUCAGAACCUGUAAGGCAGUACUUACGUGGGCGGGAAGACACAGUACGUUAUAUUGUAACAAGUUUAACAGAUGAGAGUUGCUCUGAACUGUCAGAAGAAUUGCUUGUGGCUGCACCAUUAGUCUUGGACGAUUCUCAUAGUGAUGAUGACAAUAUGGACUUUUGGGAGACUUGGACUCCUGAUCCAGUACAUGCACAUAGUUUGAAAUCAAAAUCUCAGCGGACAGCAGACAUCAUAUCCAUGUUGGUAAAUAUCUAUGGAAGCAAAGAUGUCUUCAUCACAGAAUACCGCACCAUCCUUGCUGACCGUAUACUGUCUCAGUUUAGUUAUGACACUGAGAGAGAAAUCAGAUACUUGGAGCAUCUUAAGGUUAGAUUUGGAGAAACCCUUGCAUUACUUCAUAAGUGUGAGGUGAUGGUGAAAGAUGUUGCAGACUCCAAGCGUAUCAACAGCUCCAUUAAUUCUGAUGAAAACCCUCGGAGAGAGAAGCAAAAGUUUCCUGUAUCAUGUAUGAUCCUUUCUGCACAGUUCUGGCCUUCAUUUAAGGAAGAACGCCUUCAGUUACCUGAAGAAGUAAUGAAGGAGCUUGACACUUACACUGAAGCCUUCCAAGACCUCAAGGGGAACAGAACGCUCAACUGGAAGCCACACCUAGGACAGGUUCAAGUGGAAAUUGAAUUGAAAAAUCGUACACUGAACCUAACAGUUACUCCAACACAAGCCACCGUCAUAUACCACUUUCAAGAACGAAGUCGUUGGUCCAUAGGUGACUUGAGCACCAUUACACAGGUUCCGAAAACCGUUCUGAGACGGAAGAUUACAUUCUGGCAAACACAGGGUGUUUUACAAGAAGUUGAAUCAGAUGUUUUUGUGCUUGUGGAGGGAGAAGAGCUCGGGGAUAAAGGUCAUACUGCAACAGUGGGUGUAUCCCAGCCUGAUAUAGCUCCACCAGCAAUAGAAGAGGAUGAAGCAGAGAGUGUAAUGGCUUCAGCACAAGACCAAAGAGAGGAGGAGCUGCAGGUGUUCUGGUCAUACAUUGUUGGAAUGCUGACAAACCUAGACUCCCUUCCCCUUGAACGUAUCCAUGCCAUGCUCAAGAUGUUUGUCCAGGGUUCUGUGGAAUGUAGUCCUCAAGAACUGAGAGCCUUUCUCGAUCGCAAAGUCCGUCAACACCAAUUAAUUUUCACCAAUGGCCUUUAUAAAUUACCUAAGAAUUAAGGAUUGUUCACAAAUCUCACAUAUGAAAGAGAUAGAGAUUGAAAAAAUAUGUUAGAGAGAGAGAGAGAGAGAGAGAGAGUCUCCCCUUUAUAAAUUUUUUAUUGAAGAUUUCAUUGUCCUAGGUGAUGGUGUGAAAUACUGUACAAUUAUAUAGGUGAAUACUUAUGGUAAGUUUUUGGCUUCACAGAUCUUGGGAACAUGUCUUUUCUACUGUAAAUAGAUAAACAGUAUUGUUAGAUAUUAUGCUGUUGUGAUAUAGAUGUAUAGUUGGAAAACAGAUACAGGUUGUACCUCUCUAGUCCGGCAACCUCGGGACCUGACCGGUGCCGGACCAUGGAAAUUCACCCUUUUCCUGGAUAGAUAGUGACUUGUGCUUAUGCUUGGA